AUGACUAAAUGUAAAUGUAAAAAAGACGACGAUGCAAAUCCUCAAGAUACCAGUUAUUUUGUUGUUAGCUUGUGGAGCACUUUACAGUCUAAAGCAGGUGGGAUUUUCUCUAUAUUUGCGGAAGGAUCAGAUGCCAUCAUUCAGAGCACUGUGAGAGAUGUGGAGUUUGUUGGUGGAUUCAAGAGAGUUUCGCCCUCAGAAUCCUACUUAUUUCUCAAAGCAAAGACUGACUCCGAGAGGAAAGUGCUCGUCCUGUGGAUGAACAGCUCUAAAGGAAAAAAGAGAGAAAUCAUCAAAUCCCUACAGGCUGCAACGAUACGAUGCUGCAGUGAUAAAGCUCAUCCAGUGCUCGUCGCCUGCACUGUUAUUCCCUCAGUGAACAGCGUUAUUUGGACAGGUGUGUGCAGUGCGCAGGACCAGCAGGAUCCGGAGAACAGCGCGCUGGCUCUGUACGACAUCAGGAGCAUUCAAGGCCGAGUGAAGGGCUUCUGCGCUUAUGGUGAAAACCCAUGUGGUUCUGAGAGUGAUACUGAACCUCAGCCGCUCUCUGUGGUGUUCAAGCACAGCUCAAUGUCAGCAGUGGCAGCAGUUAGAAGUGGAUCCUGGAUUGUGCUGUUCAUAGGAACCAGUGAUAGCCAACUCAUCAAGCUUAUGUUAGAUGAGAAAUUCACACCAGGAUGUCCAACAGUGCUGCUGAAAUCUGAAGAUGAACGAGCAGUGCUUCCCAGAAUGCACUUUGAUCCAGUAGAUUUCAAACAUAUUUAUCUACAUAGGAGGAAAGAGUUAAGAAGAGUGUCUGUGGUUCAGUGUGCUAAAUACAGCACUCUGAUAGACUGCAGAGCUGCUCUGGAUCCUCUCUGCGGCUGGUGUGUGAACAGACACAGGUGCUCCACCCAGGAAUGUUUGAAAUCUUCAUGGGUGUCCACCCCAAAAGACUCCCUUCAGAAACAGCUAGUUUCUUUUCAGGUUUGGGCAGAGAAA